AUGCAUGCCAUCAUUGACAGCCCCGACUCUGACUCUUCCCCGCCUUCUCCUGCCCAAGAGGACCUGCCAUUUGGCAAUCCCGCCGCUCGCAUUGAGGCGCUCGUCACAACCAUCGCUGCUCCUGCCAUCCAACCUGUCGAUGUCUCUAUACCUGAUGCGACGGCUCAACCUGAACGAUUCGAGCCUGUCAGCAGGCGCACCCGACCACAUCCCCCGGCGCUGGAGACACCACGAAGACCUUCGAACACAACCAAGCACCCGUGCAAGGUGCCCAAACUUGUUGCUGUUCCGAUUGAUGAUUCAUUGGAAUCGGGCGAUGACUCUUCGGUGAAUUGCGCGGCGUGCGGGGAGCCCAAGGCCGGCCCGACUGUCACCUGUGCUCGCUGCGCCAGUGUUUACCACUAUCGCUGUGCGGGUGACGUCGUCAGCAAGCGUGUUCGGCAACAUCGCUGGGCUUGUGACUCCUGUCGACUCGUCAAGCUGGAAUCUACGGCGGCGUUUGCCGUUGAACACCAUCUGCCUGCCUCGAUGCCAUUAGACUGCAGAAUACGAUCGCAGCGCGGUACAACGACCAUGGCAAACCGCAAGCGAUCACGGUCAAGCGGCACGGGCACACGGGACAAUGGUGCAGCCAGGCAAGAGUCGAGACGCCACACCCAAAUAACUCAGGAGGGCAGAUGGGCGGUAGUCACCCUGGUGCUUGGUCUAGGCCUAGGAUGGAUACUGCACGUCGACACGCUGCAGGACUCGCUCACGGCACCCAACGAGACGUUCACCCUGCUGGAUCAGCGGUGCGGCAUUCAGAUCGCGGAUGGAUUCGUGACCGAGGCAGAGAUUGAUCACAUUCUGCGGCUAGUAUCGCAAGCAGGAGGCUGGAUGCCCUCAUCUACCGGCGGGCCUGAUUUCAUGGUCCCCCGAACGCUUUAUGGCCGCUGGGAGCAGCUCGUGCGUCAGGACUCGGUGAUGAAUGCUCUCGAGGCUCGUAUCGCUCGCGCAACAGGUAUCAAGCCUCACCCACACGAGGACCUCCUGUCCAUUGCGUUGAUGCGUCCCAAGAUCGGCAUGCCACGCCAGGGGCACGUCGUACCCUGGGGGCUUCACCACGAGGGCCUUGCCAGCAAUUUUGGCGGCGAACUUCAGGGGUUUCAGCGCCAUGUCGACUUUGAUGUGCACUACGACCAUGAGUUUAACGAUCUUCUGUCGGAGGCCUGCCAGGGCGCGUACGGCGUAUCCAUCGAGCCCCGUCGCGGACGAGCGGUCUUGUUUGACACGCAGCGCCGGGAUGCCCCUGCAGGCCAAUACCAGCCUUUGACCUGGCACGGGGGUUGUAAUGUGAUUGAGGGGGAGAAGAUUCUACUGCAGAAAUUCAAAGAGCAGCCCCUGGAAAAGCGCACCUACACGCGCUUUGAGCAGAGCAUGCCGUAUCACCCUCACGUCUAG